AUGCAAGCAGCCAAUAAUCCAGUGUAUCGAAUUGUGGCGACCGCCGAGACUCCUGAGGAGCUUGAAAUGGCCAAAGUGGAAGCCUACACGCUUAAAGAUAACUAUAGUCAUAUGGUCAAACAAUGUUUCAAGGACUGUAUUGGUCUUGAAUUCAAACACAAUGAUAUUCAUUCAGGAGAGUCGAUUUGUGAAAAUCGGUGUGUGGCUAAAUACAUGGAAGCAUUAGAUUUGGUCAAGAAAACACUCGCAGAAAUUGAAUCCCAAGAACCAUCUAAUAAUGUUCAGUAA